AUCAAGAGGACAACAAACCUACUGUUAGUUAGUAAAGGGAUUGCUGAUGUACAGUUUUUUAAGAAUAAUCUUUUGAAUUGUGAAUUAACGAGAAGAUGGUUGAAGGUCCGGGCUGCACUUUAAAUGGAGAGAAAAUUCGUUCCAAAGUCCAGAAAGGACAGAAACUGAGAGAGAGCAGAGGCAGUGUGGUGACUUCGGCGAAGAACAACUCCGAGGGAAAUGCCUUCCAAAGUUUGUGUAGUUGUCAGUACUCCGGCGUUGAAACUCUGGGAAAGGAGCUGUUCAUGUACUUUGGUCCGAGAGCUUUGAGAGUCCACUUUGGUAUGAAUGGAUCAAUGCGUAUAAACCCUGCAGAGAGGAAGGAUAGGACUGGCUCCACACCAGUGCUGGAAAUACACCUGACUAACGACAUUGUGUGCUUCUAUGACAGCACUGUGGAAAUAAGGUUGACAGAGGACUGUGAGCAAAGGGUGCGGGCUAUGGAGAAUCUGGAUGUGUGCUCCCCCAAGUUCAGCUUCUCCCGCUCUGAGGAGGCAGUGAGGAGCCAAAGUAGCAGGAUGCUCUGUGACGUUCUCCUAGACCAGACCGUCAUGCCGGGAGUCGGCAACAUCAUUAAAAACGAAGCCCUGUUUGACUCGGGCCUCCACCCAGCCGUGAAGGUUCAGCAGCUGACAGGCGAGCAGAUCCGCCACUUGGUGAAGAUGACGCGUGAUUUCACUCUUCUGUUUUACAAGUGUCGCAAAUCUGGCUCUCCUCUCUACAAACAUUACAAAGUCUACAAGCGUCCCCAGUGCGGCCAGUGCUUUCAUGUCAUCACAGUCUGUCGCCUAGGAGACAACGGCAGGAUGACUUACUUCUGCGAGCGCUGUCAGAAAGGAGAUCCCAGCGGGAUUGACAUCAGUACGCUACCAGUCAGAAACAGCCUGAUUGGCUGGGCCUACAAUGAGAGAACCAAUGAUAAUGUGGCUAAGAAGGAGGAAGAGGACUGGGCCUGUCAACUCUGCACACUCAUCAACCAGCCAGCAGCAAAAGCCUGUGAUGCCUGCUUCACUCCAAGACCUGAGGUCCACAAAGACGACAUUAGCGCUGAAGCAUCACCCUUCACUGCAGAUUUGAUUAAAUACCCCUGCACUGCUUUCAAGAAGCCACAAGAGGAGCUCAAAGUCAACUGGAGGUCUGCAUUCGGGACUUCCACCCUUGUUUUCUCUGACUUGAGCAAGAAGCCAAAGCCUGUAAACUCCCCACUCUCCCCAGCCGACAGUCAUUUGAAUUCCUUGGCGGCAGAGCGAGGUUUAUAUAAAUACAGCGUCUGCCAAGGGACAACAAGCCCCAAUUAUGCCUCUGGUGGCUGGCAGAGGCAAAGUGCCGAGCUCUCCAAUGGGGAAUCACUGGCCUCCUACAGUCACCCAUCCAAGAAAAUGAGAAUUGAUCACAGCCCCUUUCCCAGUAACAAUGCUCAAAAUGGAACCCCCAACUCACAUACACGCAAAAUAGAUGCGACAAGCCGCAGCUCCUCCAUUUCUUCCAGUCCCAGUGCCCCAUGUUGUGCAUCCCAUCGUCGUCCAGCAGUCCUCAGAGUGGUCCGCAAGGAGGGGGAGAAUAAGGGACGGCAGUUCUACACCUGCUCGCUUCCCAGAGAGACCAAGUGUAACUUUUUUGAGUGGGCUGACUUGCAAUUCCCUUUUUGUCACCACGGGAAACGCUGUUUAAUGAGGACGGUUCUAAAACUAGGACCUAACAAUGGCCGGAAUUUCUACACCUGCAGCUUUCAAAAGGGUAAACAGUGUGACUUUUUCCAGUGGGCAGACAAUGGACCAGGGGUGUCCAUCCUCCCUGGUUGUUAAUGUGUUUUUGCAAUGCAUUACUUCCAAGUGAAACUUGCCAAUGUGUUCUUAUAGAUAAAUGGAUAUAGAGAGGGACCUGGUAACAUUGAAAUACACAUAUUGUCCUGAACCAUGCAUUUAAUGGAGAAUAUCUACCAGCCGUAUGACCUUGAGA